AUCAACUCCCCAGCGUGGCACAGUGGACAGAUCUCCCUCGGUGAGGGCCCUUGUUCGCAACAGAAGGUAAGUCACUGGGCCUGUGCUUCGCAAGUCCACCUGUUCCGCAGUUCGACCAUCGUCAUAUCAUCCAUCCCCCGAUAUCCGUUCUGAGACUACGACACCGCCUCGAACUCCGACCUCGACGGCUUCGUCGCACACGAAUGCUGCGCGCAUUCCUCCUGAUCCUCUAACAUUCUGGCCAUCUGCUCACGUUCCGGUGCUGGAAAUUUUACUAUUUUUGGAUCCUGCACCCUGCAUAUUGCACCUAAACAUCCGCUGACUGUGGAGGUCAAUCUGUGGGAACGAUGCCGGGGUUGGAGAAGCCUGCGCCAGGAACCGCUUCUGGGUCGACCAGAGACGAACUGGCGUAUUACAAAUCGCAGUAUGAACAGUUGGAGGCGGAACUAGCAGAUUUUCAGUCCUCCAGUCGGGAGCUCGAAGCGGAAUUGGAGAAGGAUAUCGAGGCUUCUGAGAAGCGAGAGCGUCAGCUGAAGGAGAAGGUGGACAAUCUUCGAUAUGAGGUUGAUGAGUGGAAAACCAAGUACAAACAAGCCAAGUCAGAAGCCAACACGGCCCAGAAUUCAUUACAGAAAGAGAUCACCACUCUGCGGGAUGCAAACAGGACUUUGCAGUUGAAACUACGAGAUAUCGAAGUGGCAAACGAUGAUUACGAACGUCAGGCUCGGAAUACAACCUCGUCCCUGGAGGACUUGGAGUCCAAGUACAACAUAGCCAUUGAAAGAGGGGUGUUACUCGAAGAGGAGAUCAGGGAUGGAGAACAGGAGCGGGAGAACUUACGGAUUGAGAACCAACGCCUUCGCAAUGAGCUGUCUGAUCUGCGGAUUGAAGCCGACAUCACUCAGGAUAAGUUGCGGAAUCUGGAACUAAACGGUGGCCGACACAGGAAGCCUAUCUCCCUUUCACGCAGUCCAUCCAUUCCACACAGUCCAGAGCCAUCUGCAACUUUGUCAGGGGAUUCGAUGCCUUCACCUUCUCUCUUCCAUACUCCAAUCAAGCCACCGUUACUGUCUGCGACUGCAACACCGCCGUCGCCGCCUAUCUCUGAGUCUUCCGCGAGCUUGCGCAAGUCGAUUACCGCCAUGCCCGGCUUUCCACUUCAGAGAGCGUCGGGUGCCGAUUCCUACAUGAACUCUCGGUCAUUACACAGUUCCAGAAAUCAUAGAAUGUCCAGUUCGCGCGCGGGUUCCAUUGCUACCAGCAACGGCCGCUCCGUAAACAAAAGCCAUUCUACUCCCAAUGGCCGGCUCACCAAUCACAACCGUUCUACAGCGUCUCCUUCCUCUCGUGGCAACUUGUCCAAGCUUAGCAACUCCACUCGUUCGUCCCCGCUUCCCAAAUCGGAGUCUUUGAACCAGAUUCGAGGUCUUAUUGGUAAGAUGCAGAGACUGGAACAGAGAGUACAAUCUGCAAAGUCAAGACUUCCUGCACCAGCAGACUCGCCUUCCCGUGUAUCGCCCCGCUCGGGAUCUAUCUCCAGCCAGAGCAAUGUCCCCUCAUCGAUAACUAUGCGGAAGAAACGCCUGAGCGGUGCCAGCUUCAGUUCCUCUAUCCAAGAAGGUGAAACCACGCCAUCCUAUAUUUCUCGUAGUCGACAGUCCUUGAGUUCGUCUGUCCGAGACGGUGAUGGCACGCCGUCAUAUAUCCCAGGCCGGCAGUCGGCCAGUUCCAGAACUCAAGGCGACAGUCGGCCAAGCAGUCGUACGAGUUACUCCAGCCUCAGCUCUUUUAGCCAGAGUACUCAUACUAGCAUCGUUCCUCCUGGACGCUCCGAAAGUCGCCAGAGCGCUAGUAGCUCGAGAAUAGCGCUAGGUCACUAUUCGACGAACCCCGGUGAGAGUCGCCAGCUUCGGUCGUCCCUCAGCAAUGGACAUAAGUCACCCGUUAGUGGAAUGUCCGAUAUUCAGGAAGAUGGAAAUGCCACGACAGUCCUUCCUGUGCGAAGUAAAAUUGAUAUUCGUCGACCGUCCGUCUCCGUUUCGCAUGCGUUGAAGAAGCGGUCCGCUAGCGGGGUCUCGGCCAUACCCACGCCUCGGAGCCUAAAGACCAGUGUCGGAUUGGAUCGGGAAGACCCAAAAUAUAAAACCAAUGGGUUGGGUGAGACAUAUUGAGCUCCUUUUACCCUACCCACAUGGCAACUUUGACAAGCUCGCGGAUACCCAUGGCGGGCAAUGUGGGUGUGCUAUUCGAUUUUUCUAGCAGGCACAGCUCGCAUUGUGGCUUUGAUUUCACAGAUCUUUUCUUUUCUUUUGUUGCAUGAUCUUGAAUUCCUCACCUUUGCUCAAUCGUUUCUCGCUACUGAAAGGUCUGCACAGUUGGAGCAUCGGCGCCCUUGUUUUGGAGGAACUUUCUGGGGUUUCAUAGAAUGGUCCUACAUUUCCCCUACCCCUAAUUUGAUUUGCAGAUUUUGACAAGGAUCUUUGUGUCCUGCAGGAAUGUGCAGUAUGGUUUGUUGGAGAGGGGGAGUUGGGUUGUUUUAACUGCUUUGUGACCUUUUCUUUUCGCCCUGUGCUGGCAGGCACAAGAUACCUGCAGUGUCCCAAGCUGUGACUCAGCGAGAAUUUCUUUUGCUUCUUCCUGUUCAUAUUUGUUGCCCGUUGGCGUUAGAUAAAUACCCACUAAGAGUUCUAUCCUUGAGACUACGCAGUUGGCCGAGAGCGCCCGUCGUAGAAACAAAUGCUGAAAAUUCAACUGCCGGGAGUUGUCUAGCCAAUCAGUAGGCGCAGAAUGUCGGCAGGGGGAUUCCCAACGAGGAUAGGCGGGUGGGUCCAGCCAGUCAACAUUGUCCGCAUCGGGUCUAGCGUGCAGCGCCCGAUCUCAGGGCUGUCUGAUCGUG